CCUAAGCUGGGGGCCCCCAAUGGAUAAAGGCAAAAAAAAGCUGGUCGCCACCCCCUCCCAUGUCGGGCAGGGUUGGGGAAGAAAACAGAGCUCCCCAGAGAAAGAGCAGCUCCACCGGUUUUCACAGACAGGAAAACACAGAGCUUCAAGCUAUGAAAUGUCAGGCGUGGACCAAGGAGAUGAAGAAUCCGUCACAGAUUUCACAAAAACUGAGCUCUUAGCAUUGAAGGCUAGCUUUGCAAGACCAAAAUAUGCUAACACUUACAGGAUGGAACCUUAUAGAAAAUGUGAGGCUCAUAUACUAAGGAAGAAAGCUGAAGAUAUUCUAAAGCAGAAACUUCAAGAUUUCAAAUAUACUGGAUUCAAUGGGGCCAUCAUUUGUACAGCUGUCACAGAAGAUUUAUUAGCAGGUGUCAAGGAGCUGGGGUUUGAUCGUUACAAGUAUAUUGUUCAAGCGUUUCUUGUGGAAAAGACUGGUCAGUCAGUACACAUUGCCAGUAGAUGGGUCUGGGAUGUCACAAGAGACACUUGGGUUCAAGCUCAAUGUGAAACUGAGAAGUAUGUUAUGGUGGCUGUAAUAGUUGCUUCCUAUUAUGAAUAG